AUGAACUCAAUUUAGUAAUAUGAAAAGUGUGAAAAUUUAGGAUAAGGAACUUAUGGGAAAGUCUAUAGAGGUAUAAAUAAACUAACUCAUGAAAUUGUGGCAAUAAAAGAAAUAAUACUUUCAGAAGAUGAAAAAAAAGAGGGAAUUUAAUCAACUACAUUAAGAGAAAUGUCUGUUUUAUUAUAAUUUAGGAAGCAUCCACAUAUAGUUGAGUAUAAAUUAUAUAUAUUCAAGAUUGAAAUAAGUGAUUUUAGAUGAUAUUGAUUAUAAAUAAUAUCUCAUAAUGGAAUAUAUUGAUACAGAUCUUCGGAAAAUGAUUGAUUAAAAAAAACUAACAGAACACAUUGCAAAAAAGUUACUUCUUCAUAUUUUAAGAGGACUCUAUGCAUUACAUAGUUAACUUAUAUUUCAUAGAGAUCUUAAACCUGCUAAUAUUUUAGUUCAAAAUGGAGUAGCUAAAUUAGGAGAUUUUGGUUUAGCUAAACCGAUAGGUUACCCUAUUAAUAGAACUCAUACUAAAGAAGUAUAAACUUUAUGGUACAGAGCUCCUGAAUUACUUUUGGGUCAUUUUAAAUAUUCACCAGCAUUAGAUAUAUUUUCAUUAGGAUGCAUCUUUUAUGAAAUGUUAAUAGGAGAACCAUUAUUUAAGGGAAAUAGUGAAAUUGAUUAAUUAUUCAAAAUCUUCUAAUUUAUGGGUACUCCUUUAGAUUGGGAAGGCUUUAAAUCUAUGCCUUAUUAUUCUCCUAAGUUUCCAUAAUUUAAAUCAGAAGCAGAUAUACACUUAUCUAAUUGUAAUAUUUCUUAAGAAGCUAAAAAUUUAUUGUUACAAAUGCUAUAAAUUGAUAGCACCAAACGAAUUACUGCCAAAGAGGCAAUUAAUGAUAUAUAUUUUUCUAUUAUUUGA